AUGGGUCCGACUUGGCAGGAGCCUCAGAGACUCCUCGGUGGCCAGGAGCCCUCGACCUGGGAUGAGCUGGGCGAGGCUCUCCCCGCUGGGGAGAAGUCCUUCGAAUGCAGAGCGUGCAGCAAAGUGUUCGUGAAGAGCUCCGACCUCCUCAAGCACCUACGCACCCACACCGGGGAGCGGCCCUACGAGUGCGCCCAGUGCGGCAAGGCCUUCAGCCAGACGUCGCACCUGACGCAGCACCAGCGCAUCCACAGCGGCGAGACGCCCUACGCCUGCCCCGUGUGCGGCAAGGCCUUCCGGCACAGCUCCUCACUGGUGCGGCACCAGCGCAUCCACACGGCCGAGAAGUCCUUCAGCUGCUCCGAGUGCGGCAAGGCCUUCAGCCACGGCUCCAACCUCAGCCAGCACCGCAAGAUCCACGCGGGCGGGCGUCCCUAUGCCUGCGCACAGUGUGGCCGCCGCUUCUGCCGCAACUCGCACCUGAUCCAGCACGAGCGUACGCACACGGGCGAGAAACCCUUCGUGUGCGCGCUCUGUGGUGCCGCCUUCAGCCAGGGCUCCUCGCUCUUUUUGCACCAGCGCGUGCACACAGGUGAGAAGCCCUUCGCCUGCGCCCAGUGCGGCCGCUCCUUUAGCCGCAGCUCCAACCUCACCCAGCACCAGCUCCUGCACACGGGCGAGCGGCCCUUCCGCUGUGGGGACUGUGGCAAGGGUUUCGCCAAGGGCGCUGUGCUGCUGAGCCACCGGCGCAUUCACACGGGCGAGAAGCCCUUCGUGUGCACGCAGUGUGGCCGCGCCUUCCGCGAGCGCCCGGCCCUCCUGCACCACCAGAGGAUCCACACCACAGAGAAGACCCAUGCGGCAGCACCAGACUGCACCCCCGGGCCAGGUUUCCUUCAGGGGCGUCAUCGGAAGGUGCGCCGCGGAGGGAUGCCAAGCCCAGUCCUGAAGCCAGCGAAGGUCUGAGGUCCUAGCUCGCAGCCCCACCCUUUCCUGGCCUUCUGUGAAUCCCUUC